GAAAAUGCAUUGACGCGCGAGGCACUGUAUUUCCGGUAGCGGAAAAUUCAGCUUGCUAUAGUUAGGAGAGAAUCAUGCAGCACAGGCGUGUUUUUCUCUCUCAGGCAAUUUACUCCGCAAAUAAUUCAAGACAGAAACUUGAUUUGAAGUAAUGGCAAUCAUGACUGAUUCGAGAGGAAGACUGGCACUGAUCAUAUUAAUCUCUGCUGUCUUCCCUAUAUCAUUCAUAAGUUAUUUAUCGCUGCAACAAUUUGAAAACAUUGAGUGGUCAAAGGAGCGUCGGCUAAAUGCGUCAGAAUUUGAUGAUGAAUCAGAAUAUCGACGUACGAGACGAGCUGUGGACUCUUUGAAUCAAUUCGUUCGACAGAUGCAGCUCUCCAAGAACUGUUGCGUUGUGCCGCAAAUCGUGCCCAAGACCAGUUUGGACGCAUGUGUCGGAUCUGACGCGUACACGGACAGUGCGCUGCAGGCGAGGCAAAUUGACCAAGGCGUUGGUCUCUUUGGGGCACUCCAGAGGCUUUUCGGCGGACGGCGAAGUAGGCGUUCUCUGCAAACAUUUGGCGUGCAGGCGAUGUGCUAUACCGAUUGUGUUUUCCGAAAGCUAAACCUAGUUAAUGAUAAUGGAACCCUGUUGUUUGACGAGGCAAAUAGGAUUUUCAUGAACGAACUGGUGAAUGUGAAGUUGAAAGCGGCAGAGUGGCAGAACGUAACCUAUGACGCUUUUGUCAAGUGCUUGGAUCCAGCCUCGAAGGGCACUCCGUUGCAAAUUGUUACUGGGAGUGGACGGAUUUGCUUUUCGCGGCCUAUCAUUUUAAUGACGUGCGUCAAGCGCUUGAUGGCAAAAAAAUGCACUGAAAUUUAUACGAAUCAGAAAUGCAGCUAUGCGGUUCAAACUAUUCAAGUUUUUCGCUUUGGAUGAUAACAAGUUUUUCAGAUAUAUCUUGUAAUUUUUGCACUAACAACACUGUUAAUUAAUACAAUUUCAUUUUCAAUACGAAAUUGUGUUUUUACCCAUGAAUUUCUUUUAAUUUGGACGAUAAAAAAAUUGGCAUUGGUUAACAAUUCGUUCUAGAAAACGUCAACAAAAGAGCUUUUCUGUCCCUGACACCAAAAAAUUUCCAAUACCCGGGCCUUGACUUAAAUAUAUAUAUAUAUAUAGUCUGGAAUAUUCACCUAACCUUCAGAGCCGAUGCCUUCCUGCCCGUGGUGCAGGCGGAACAGAAAAAUUCAAUCACUGCGCAACUGACCGCCGCCGCGUAUCAUUCAGAGUUUGAAAUGCGUGUUUCUCUACAAAACUUAACUCCGAUAAUUUUAAUCGCACAAUGUGCGAAAGCAACUUUCAUUGACGAUAUGUUCAAAAUAUUUGACUCGGGAGACCCCGAAAUUGAGCGAAUGCUAGACGAAGAAGAAAAGAGUCACCAUCGACACAAGCGGCAAGAAGUGACUGCAAUACCGACUGUACCAACUGCGCCUUUAUUUGGGUACACCUGUCCCACUGAGCUCUAUCGA